AUGGAUGUUCAUCUACUCGUCUACGACCUAUCAAAUGGCAUGGCCAAGCAAAUGUCUCUUGGCCUCUUGGGUUUUCAACUCGAUGCUAUCUAUCACACCUCAAUUGAAUUGGAAGGGAUGGAGUAUGUCUACGACAGUGGUAUCAACGUGAUAAGACCGGGAACGUCUCAUUUAGGACCUCCCUUACAAAGAUUACAUCUUGGGAAGACUGAAUUGCCUAUGGAAGUAAUUCUCGAAUAUCUCGACUCACUUAGAGAGAUAUACACACCCCAAGCGUAUGAUCUUUUCCGGCACAAUUGCAAUAAUUUCAGCAAUGACUUCUCUACAUUUCUAAUAGGAAAGGGAAUACCAGAUCACAUCUCAAACAUGCCCCAAGCCGUGCUUGAUUCGCCAUUUGGUCGAAUGUUACAGCCUCAGCUCACACAAAUGGUUGAGCAGAGGAAGGCUCAACAGGGCGGUUUACUGGGUAUUCAGAACAAUGUCCAGCCGCACACCAAUGGGGCUAGCGCUGCAGCCGGCUCCCAAAGUGCAACAGUCAAAGUUGUUUCUAACCUUCAAGAACUGAAUAAGGUACUAGAUUCUGCCAAAAAUUCAUGCGCAAUCAUUUUCUUUACGAUGGCAACGUGCCCCCCUUGUAAGGCAAUAUAUCCUCUAUAUGACAGCUUAGCUGCAGAACAUGGAAAUAAGGUCACCUUAAUUAAAGUCGAUACAUCUAAAGCCUUCGAUGUCGGAUCGAAAUAUUCUAUUUCAGCAACGCCGACAUUCAUUACUUUUGUCCGUGGAGAACAAGGGGAGCGAUGGAUGGGUGCAGAUCCGUCUCGUCUCAGAGGUACCGUCGGACUUCUAGCACAAAUGGCGGUUCCGUCCCACCCACACCGAUUACUCCGGCUACCCCAGCUUGCGAACACAGAGUUGAAGCCAAUUUUAUACACAAAGGUCCCCCCGCUUCCCAAACUAUUGUCUAAGCUGGGACCAAAGGCCGAAGAUGCAUCAAUUCAAGGGGUGAAGCAUUUUAUUGAGACCCGAUCAAGUGAUGGACCAGCGCAGACUACACUGCCAGAUUUGAAUUCUUUCGCAAUCUUCCUUCGCUCUGCAGUCACGAACUUGCCUAGAGAAGUCUUAUUUACGGUUGUAGAUCUCUUCCGAUGCGCGCUCGUUGACCCAAGAUUGAGCGGAUAUUUCGCAGAAGAGCAUGGCCACAAGACUGUUAUUACUCUUCUCAAUGCUGUAAAUGAAGAGGUCGGAUGCCCUUAUGCGCUGAGAUUGGUUGCACUACAUAUGGCUUGCAAUUUAUUCUCAAGUCACCUCUAUGCUGAUCAGAUUCUUAGCCACGGACCAUUACGAAGCGCAAUCACACAAUUAAUCUCAUCUAGCUUCCUAGAUGACGGCCAUAACAAUGUUCGGGUAGCAGCGGCAUCGUUGCUAUUCAAUAUCGCUACUGCGAAUUAUCAGAAGCGACAGGCAUCGGGGGAUGCUCUUGCAGAAGAAGACCAAAUAGAACUAGCAGCAUCCGUGCUAGAAGCUAUAUCGCAAGAAGAGUCCUCCUCCAAAGCGCUACAGGGAAUGUUGUUGGCGUUAGGAUUCCUAGCAUAUUGCAUGCCAUUAGACGGGGAACUGGUAGACCUGUUGAGAUCCAUGGAUGCGCAAGGAACCGUAAUAGGAAAGAAGAAGCAGUUUCCAGACGAGUCGCUAGUCACCGAGAUAGGAAUCUACGGCGUUCCAAGCUCCAUCUAUCCAUACCACCAAGAACGCACAAACGACCUCAUCGACGGUAUCUGCGAGACAUUAACUGGAAUGCUGGAGCCGCCCUUACUAUCCCCCACCACAACAAUAUCAACAAGUACUGUUAUAAAGAAGAGAACGGGAGAGGUAGAAAAAAUGAGAAAUUCCGGGCUCCUGAGGUCGACUGCUUCGACGCCGUCUAUGCGUUCGAGAGAUGGCAUGUUACCGCCGCAUAUGAUGAGGAUGGAUAACGGGGGGAAUGUUAGGGUUGUGGUUAGGGUGAGGGCGUUUUUGCCUCGAGAAAUCGAGCGAGGAGCCGAAUGCCUGAUUAGCAUGGACCCGAUGACCCAAAUGACCACUCUCCACGUACCCAACGACAGCGACCCAGCGAACGCAAGAGCAAAGACUCGCAAGGUUAUCGAAGAAAAGUCCUUUACAUUCGACAACUCCUUCUGGAGUCACGAUACACGGGAUGCACAUUACGCCCAUCAGGAAGAUGUAUACGAUAGUUUAGGCGAGGAAUUCCUCGAUCACAAUUUUGAUGGAUAUCAUACUUGUAUUUUUGCUUAUGGCCAGACUGGGUCUGGAAAAUCGUACACCAUGAUGGGUACACCCGAUCAACCCGGUCUUAUUCCGAGGACUUGCGAGGAUUUGUUUCAGCGUAUUGAGGCUGCGCAGGAAGAAACGCCCAAUAUCUCAUACCACGUCCGCGCUUCUUACUUCGAAGUCUACAACGAACAUGUCCGCGAUCUGCUCGUUCCCGUUGUACCCAACCAGGCCCCGUACUAUCUCAAGAUCCGCGAAUCGCCUACCGAAGGCCCUUACGUCAAGGAUCUAACCGAAGUACCAGUGCGCAACCUAAACGAGAUCCUUCGCUACAUGCAAUCCGGUGAUGCGAGCCGCACCACAGCGAGCACCAAGAUGAACGAUACGAGUAGUCGCAGUCAUGCCGUCUUCACAAUCAUGCUCAAACAAAUCCACCACGACAUGGAGACAGACGAAACUACCGAGCGUAGCUCACGUAUCCGACUAGUUGAUCUUGCUGGAAGCGAGCGUGCUAAAUCAACAGAGGCAACUGGUGCGAGACUUCGCGAGGGAAGUAACAUCAAUAAGUCUUUGACGACAUUGGGCCGUGUGAUAGCAGCACUGGCCGAUGCACCGAAGCAACGUCCCGGGAAGCGAGGCAGGGACAUCGUACCGUACCGAGACUCGAUCCUAACAUGGUUGCUGAAGGAUUCUCUAGGAGGCAACAGUAAAACAGCCAUGAUUGCUUGUAUCGCACCAUCGGACUACGAAGAGACCCUAUCUACUUUACGAUACGCAGACCAAGCGAAGAGGAUCCGCACUCGCGCCGUGGUUAACCAGGACCACAUCAGCACGGCUGAGAGGGAUGCACAGAUCGCAGCCAUGGCCGAAGAGAUCAGAGCAUUGCAGCUAUCGGUAUCGGAAACUCGACGCCGCGAGCGAGAGGACGCCAGAGAUAGUGAAGAGCGCCUCGAAGAGUACCAGAACCGUGUAGCAGCCAUGCAGCGCAUGAUGGAGGAGCGUAGCUUGGUGGCCGAAGGCAAAAUCCGCAGCUUGCAGACGGAGAACGAAGCGCUCAGACUACAUCUUAAGCUUGCGCUGGACAGCUUGAAGAAUCCUAUUCCAGAGGUGGUUGUUAAGGAAAAGGACUUGGAUGAUCUUGAGGCGGACAAGGAGAAUGUGGAGGCGAAUGAUAAAGAGAAGAGCAAAAGACGUGAGAGUCUCGUCGAUGAAGCAUAUUACGGCGAAGAUGACGGAUACGAGUCCGAGGUGUAUGAGGAGAAGGCAAAUGAUGUGCAAGAUUACAUGCAUGAUCUCCUGGAGGAUCUUGCUCUGUUCAGAAGAAAGAUUGGUGACGAUAAGGGUCGAUUCUUGGACGAUGGUUCGCGACAUCCACUUGGGGUUCAAGUGAACGCUUGA